CACUCAACGAGUGUACAUAUGAAAGUUGCUGCUACACGCAACGCAGUUGGCUCAUUGAGACAGUCAUUCAGUUGCUCGCGUGACUUUUACCCGAACUGUUGUUUGGUGUCUUUGUGUACGCAUCCAUAACGAACUUUUUCUGAGGCGACAGAAUUUGACCAAUUAAAUUUUUUUUCGCGACGAAAAGUGCGAUAAAUUAAAAAACCAAUACAGUUAUAAAAUGUGUCUGCGGUUUUAGACAAAAGCAAAAAUACUAAAAACUACAAUCCGAGGGAAAAGUGAAAUAAAAUCUUCAAAAGUUUAUUGCUAUCCAGCUAAGCAAUACAUUCAUCCGCAAUUUUCAAUCGACUUUGCAACACCUGUGCAUACUCUAUAUUUUACCCCUUUCCCUACUUCUACACCAACAACAACAACACCGCGAUUCAGUUCUUGCAAUAAGCAACAAAAGAGAGAUGACUUUGGACGACUACAAGUGUACGUGUAAGCUGGCAUACAAGAGUUUCGCUGUAUAAUUGCAGCAACAAUAAGAGAAAAUUAACAACACAAACAACAACAUUAGCCAACAAGCAGUUCAGUUAUGAUAGCUUAGCCCAUCAACUGGCGACCAACUAACUGCAUUUGAGGCCACGGCAAUAUUUUACGCCACACAACAGGCCAACUAACCGCCACCACCAACAACGGCAACAACAGCAACAACAUCUGCAAGAUUAACCAACUAAAAGAAUAGCCAAAGGCAAGAUUUGAAAAUACAAACAAACGAACAAACAAACAGAGAGUUGGUUGGGCGGCGAAAACGUUAAGCAAAGUGGCGCGCAUGCGAUGUAAAUUGUAUAUUUAAAUUGCCAGUGCAACAACAAUAAUAAAAAUAGCAACAACAACAUCAACAACAAAUGCACACAUACAUUUGAUACUUCGUAUUUAUGCGAGAAGUUGCUUUGAAGGCACAUAUAAUCGGACGCCUCAGCACGAGUACGGCCACAUCAGCUGCAUUGGCUGACAGCAACAAACAACAACAACAAACAACAACAAACAACAACAACAACAACAACAACAAGAAAGUAUUAAACCUAUAGCAAGUGGCAACAGUGUAGUCAUUCCCCAGCAUCCCGAGUGCUUUGCUGCUGCUGCUGCUGCUGCUGCUACGCCACACCGCCAAAUUGCCACCUUUUUAAUUUCUGCUUCCUUUUCUUCAUUUUCUUGAGCGACCUGCAUGAUGGGCACAAUACGUCAACUAAAACCAGCUGCGUUUCCCCCUCCUGAAUCUGACGCAAGAACUGAAGCCACCGCAGCAACGGCCGCUGCAACAAGAACGUCACACAGAAACUCAGCAUCAGAUUCGUCAAGGAAUUAUAGUAAAAUUAUAGAUGUGCGUGCCGAAGAAAGCACUUUGAGCUACACAUCACAACAAAAACAACAACAAGACCUACUACACCUGCAUCAUUCCAGCAACAACAGCAACAUGCCUAUGUGGCAAGCGUCAAAAACCGUUGCUGCUUCACUACUGUCGCUGCUGGCGUUACUGCUGCUGUUCGGUUGCGCUACAACACCAGCAAUGGCGACACCCGUCUUCGUUGACAACCCGAAUUUAGCACAAUUUCAAUCCGGCCGAAAUAUACGACACUUGCCCUGCAUUGUGCGGAAAUCGGGCCGUUCGGGCGUUUGUAUGUUUGCUAUUGAUUGUAUUAAACAGAAUGGCACACACUUGGGCACAUGCAUCGAUCGUUUCUAUUUCGGUUCGUGCUGUCAAUUGAAGGACGAAGCCGCGCUCUUUGCGCCUGAGAUUAGCGACAACAGCAUCGAUCAAAACACGAUCUCACAUUUUCCACACGAGUCCACGACACUACCCACGAGUACCCUCUUCAAACUCACCACGUUAGAUCCUCACCACACGGUACAAAGCAGCAGUAACAGCAUAAGCGAAACGGUGAAAAAUGUCACUCAAAGUUAUUUACAACAAAACAGUCACAUUCACAGCGCUAGCAGUAGUACCGUUACAAAUGAUAAGGGCGAUACGACACCAACCGUAACAACAACUAGUGUGAAACCAGUUAAAAUCACCAUAACAACACAAGCUGCGCCAAAACGUCAACCACCGCAUACAACACAUAAAACGUCUCAGUUUGUAGUGCGAACCACAGCUAAGCCUACCGCUGCUCCAACAACAAUUAAGCCACCACGUCGUAAGACCACAGUUGCACGUCCCAUUCUAACCACCAUCACGAGCCCCCAAGUAGACACACGCAUCGAGGUGACCACUCAGCCGACAAAGUUCUUCACAUUCCAAAUUGUGGAGACUACGACGCCUUCGGCUACGGAAGGCAAUAUUAAACAGGAUGAAGUGGCCACCACACACCGGCCGGUGCACACCACAAAUCGUCAUCGACCACGACCAACUACGACUGAGGUGCCAACGCAAUUUGUAACCACCACACUAAAGCCUUCAGACCCUGUUAGUUACGCCACCAGACCGAGGCCAUUGAUAACACGUCGUCCCACAGCAAGCAAGAGACCCUCGCAGACAAAGCCACGGCCGGCGGCAAGCACUAGACCCACAAGAAGACCUGUUGGUAGUGAUGCCAACGAGGCGGUGAAGCCAAUUUCAUUGAACACCACAACAACAGCUGCUGGAGCAAGUGCCACAACGCACCGUCGACCAACACCGUCCCCGACGACACUAAAUAAGGAUGAGUUACCAACCACAGUGCAAGAGACCAAAGUUCCGACUCCCGCAGAAGCGGUGCAACAAACAACACAUGCGCCAAGGCCGCGCCCUCAACCCACUGCUGAGAUUGUGAAAGUACCAAAGCCUAGUCUUGCUGCGGUGGCAACAACAUCUUCACCAGCGACAACAACUGCCACAAUAACAACGACAACUGCUCCGGUGACAACCAGAACGACAACAAAGCACCCGAGCACCACGCACCCGAGCACCACGCACCCGACGACCUCAAGAACAAGGCCAAUAACGACAACUACUCCAUCCACCCCAACAACAGUGAAGCCAAUAACAGCGAAGCCAACAACAGCGAAGCCAACAACAGCGAAGCGAACACAGAAACCACACAGGACGACAACGACUACAACUACAACUACACCCGCACCUAUCAGCAGCACCACACCGCAGUCGGCGACAUUGACGACUGAGACGACAAAAAUCGAGCCUCCACUUAUUGAUAUUACAACAACAACUCCAGGAUUGAUAACAUGGACAAACAUGGACAACGAGCCGACAACAAUAAACGCAACCUUCGAUUGGGGUCCUCCACCGACUACGCUAACGCAGGAGAUCAGCAAUAAAACUACGGGCGCAGCAGCAACAACAAAUGACACUCCUUUCACCACGUCCGUGCCCGCGACAAGCACCAUGAUAUCGGUGUCGACUAGUAUUAGUGAAAUAAUGAGCAACAUAACCUCAAUCAUGCCAAAACCAGAGCGUCCCUCAUCAGUGGUGAAUGCACGACCGCCAAAGCCGACCUCGCCGACAUCGCCGACACCGCCGAAAACGACAGAAAGUCCAACAACGUCUCCAACAAGUACACCCAGUACUACAAAAACAACGACAACAACAACAACGACGACGACAACGCCAAAACCCAAACCAAGACCGACUACAACUCCUAAUACCACAUCUACAACGACAAUCCCAACAACAACAAAAAGCACCACCACAACAACAACCACCGAGGCUGCCAUCGAAUUAGAAGAGACGCCCUCGACGACAAGUGCCGAACAGAGCACUGAAGGUUUCUCAACAACGGGAACAGGUAUCUUUGGCUCUACCGAAUACAGCACCGAAGAUUAUAACGGCACAUUGUCGUCGUCAACAUCGGCACCGGUGAACUCACUGGAGGGCAUGGAUUACAGACAAAUUUGUGGUCGCCGUAUGUUCCCCGAGCCACGCAUAGUCGGCGGCUCGAAUGCGGCUUUUGGACGUUGGCCUUGGCAAAUCUCACUUCGACAGUGGCGUACCUCGACCUACUUGCACAAAUGUGGAGCGGCUCUGUUGAAUGAAAACUGGGCCAUCACAGCGGCGCAUUGUGUGGAAAAUGUACCACCUUCCGAUCUCUUGUUACGCAUGGGUGAAUAUGAUUUGGCGGAGGAGGAGGAACCGUACGGUUAUCAGGAGCGACGCGUUCAAAUCGUAGCUUCACAUCCACAAUUCGACGCGAGAACAUUUGAAUAUGACUUGGCGUUACUGAGAUUCUACGAGCCAGUUGUCUUCCAACCCAACAUCAUACCCGUUUGUGUGCCCAAUAGUGACAUAGACUUUGUCGGUCAAACUGCCUUUGUAACCGGUUGGGGACGCCUCUAUGAAAAUGGACCGCUGCCAAGUGUCUUGCAGGAAGUUGCUGUGCCGGUCAUCAACAACACCAUCUGUGAAUCCAUGUACCGCGUGGCCGGCUUUAUUGAGCACAUACCGCACAUAUUCAUUUGUGCGGGUUGGAAGAAAGGCGGCUACGAUUCCUGUGAAGGUGACUCCGGCGGUCCCAUGGUGCUGCAGCGCGAGGAUGAUAAACGAUUCCAGUUGGGCGGCGUCAUUUCGUGGGGUAUCGGCUGUGCGGAGGCCAAUCAACCGGGCGUCUACACACGUAUCUCUGAGUUCAGAGACUGGAUAAAUCAAAUUCUGCAAUUUUAGGUUAGUCAAAGAAAACAGCAACAACGAUUAUACAAAAACACAAUCGCAACCAUAGUUUGUAUUAUAUUUACUUAGAGUAGAAGAGAUUUCUUGUAUUAUUUAAAUAAUUAUAUUAGCAAAAGUAGGCAUUACAAAUCACUCCCAGCUCAAUGAUGAAACAAAGGUCCCACAAGCGAAAUGAACAGCGGUAACGGUAAAGGAGAUAAGGCAUUUAGUUUCUAAAUAUUCAGCAAAUGAGUAUGAAAAUGGCAAAACUUGUGCUUUGGUUAUACCCACAGCCUCUGCGGAGCGCUCAGCAUGCUCUUUGCGGCUUUUCCGUUAUAAUCAAAGCAACGACUUGCAUCAGUUUCCAACUAAAAAUGAAAUAGAACAACAGAGUAAAUAGUUUUAGUCAAAUACAAAGGAAAUAAUUCACUGAAAAUAUAAAUAUGUGUUGUUUGUGCCGAAAUGUUCUUGGAUUCAUUGUUUUGUAACAACAAAAAAAUUUAAAUACAAAGGCAAACACGCAAAGCUAAUGUACACAUACAACUUCAUACGUUUUUUGAGCAUUUUGCAUUUAAAGAAAGAAAUAUUUAAACACUCAUUUCGUUUAUUUAUUAGCAUUAUUCAUACUGUACAUAAAUAUAUUUGUAACAAUAAAUAGGUUUUAGGCCAUUGCUAAGUGUAAUUUAAGUGUGUCUUGAUAUUAAAAAAUAAUAAUAUUUAAUUAUUUAUAGUAAUUUUGUAAACUUAACUAUUAGUGUGCAUGACUUUUUGCAAUAACCUUCGCUGUACUUAGUAAAUUUAUCUGAUUCAUAUCUUUUUCUGAAUGCGUUUUUCAAAACAUUUUUCAGUCAUAAUUCACAAAUGUGUUAUUUAUUAGUUAAUAUUAA